AGAACCUGCAACGAGUUCUCUCCUUUGUUCUUCCUUCUUCCAUAAGACUAAUGAUGAACACUAAGUUAUCACUUUCUCAGAACAAGAGCAUUGGUUUCACAGUCCGUUUCAACGACACACGCACUUGUUAUGGACGUUCAAGCAUUUCCGCAACUGUCAGCUCAAAGCCAGCCUACUCUGGAGAACUCAAGGUUGCAGAAGAGACAACAAGAAGGGAGCCAUUGAAUAACGAAGACAACUUCUUGUCAAAAAUGGCGAUUAAUUAUCUAUCAAAGACUCUUCAAGACACGGCAGGGAUGAGUAGUAGUAGCAGCAAAAGUACUGGUUAUGAUAGCUUAGUGGAUACGGCAACUAGGGUUGCGGGUAACUUAGACAUCAAGCAACAGCAUGAGCUUGUUCUUGUCGCUUUGGACAGAGCAUUUCCAGCAGUGAUACUCUCCUUGAUCAAAAUGCUUUUACCACCUUCAAAACAAUCAAGAGAGAUGUUCGCUCUAUUCACCACAGUAUUUUUCGCUUGGCUUGUUGGACCUUCAGAGGUGAGGGAGACUGAGGUUAAUGGAAGAAAAGAGAAGAGUAUGGUGUUCAUAGAGAAGUGCAGGUUUCUUGAGCAGACUAAUUGUGUUGGUAUGUGCACUCACCUUUGCAAAAUCCCAUCACAAAUCUUCAUCAAAAACUCACUUGGAAUGCCUAUCUACAUGAUGCCCGAUUUUAAUGAUCUUAGCUGUAAGAUGAUGUUUGGUCAGGAGCCUCCAGAGAUCAAAGAUGAUCCCGUAAUGAAACAACCAUGCUUUCAAUUCUGCAAAUCAAACAGAAGCUAUGGUGUGAAGCACUAGAUCAUGUACAAGGGACAUUAAACAUGAUUGUGUAAUCAAAACAUAUAGUAUUUAAGUUUAUCUUGUAAAGAUAAAUCAGAGAUUACAAUUACUUAUAGAAGCAAACCUCACAUAUGCCCUAAGAACAUCAAAACUGUUUGAGUUUGCAAAAAGAAUAAGACAAUUAAUAUAUCUAUAAGACCAAGAUGAGUGUUAGACAAAAAACAAAAGCUGCACAACUCAAGAAGAUAUGCAGAAUCAAUAUUGAGGUGUGUAAGAGUAAUUAGGUUGGUUUUGGUUUUGUCUUAUAUUCAUGUGUCCUUGUCUUCCUUCU